AGCGCUCGUCGACGACGUCUGGGACCCGAUGUCGGCGCAGCAGAGCCGCCGGCUCGCGCGACUCCUGCACAAGAUGGCUGCCGAGUUUCCGACGGCGAUGGCAGCGGAGACGCGGACGGCAGCGACGCUGCUGCGGGGCGUGGCGGCGCGCGUCCGUCGCACGCUAGACGACGAUGUAUACAUGCCCUUGUACCCACGCAGCAUCCUCGGUAACCGCGCAUCCGGUGCCUACCAGUUCCUGCAGCGACAGUUCUGGUCCUGCUACAAGCUUCUAGCGAACAUCACUCUCUUCACCGGCCUGCUCUCCAACUCCGCCAUCCAACAGAUGGCGCUAGAUGGCCUGCUCAAUCGCUACAUCCUGCUCGCACUGCAGAACUCCGACCCAGGGGGCGACACCGUCGACAAGUGCAAAGCGAUCGUCGGCUGUCUGCCCAAGUCGUGGUUCGCGCACCUCGGCGCCGACCACACGCUGCCGCGACUCGAGCCGCUCUGUCGUCUGCUAGCACACGUGGCGUCCUCUAUCGACGCGCAAGCGCUCGGCAACAAGGACAUGGCCACCAGGCAGGAGACGAGGGAUCAGAUGAAACAGCUGAUGAGGAUGAUGGUGACAGUACACGCAAUGGACCACGCUCUCAACGUCUCCAACAAGAUGUCCCUGAAGGAGCUGAAGAACAUCGUGCCCGACUAAAGAGCGCGCUAAUGAGCAGUCUAACGAGUGCACUAACGAGCAGUCUAACGAGUGCACUAACGAGCAGUCUAACGAGCUAGUUAACAAGUACGUUGGCGAGCAUGUUAACAAGUACGUUAACGAGCGGGUUAAUGAGCUAGUUAACAAGCACGUUAAUUAGCUAGUUAACGAGGUAGUUAAUGAGAACAAUUAUUAACUAGUUAACAAGUGCAUUAAUGAGCUAGUUAACGAGCGCGUUACCAAGCCGGUGAACGAGUUGGUUAACGACCAGUCCAACAAGUGUACCAAGAAGUAGCAUAUCAGAAUCGGUACUAACACACAGGUUAAUUAGCAUGUUAAUGAGCUGGUUGAGCAGGAUAACGAGUCUGUUAACGGAAAGUGAACGAGCGAGUUAAUGGCAAGUUAACGAGCGAGUUAAUGGCAAGUUAACGAGCUAGUUAAUGGCAAGUUAUUGAGUGAGUUAAUGGAAAGUUAACGAGCAAGUUAAUGGGUGAGUUAACUUGAGGGCUAGUACGUAGACUGCUGUAUCAGAGCAAAUGCGCCGAAAUGACGGUCCGUCCCUGUCAGAGCAAGAUUAAGAGAGGGCAAGAUGGGAAGGAAGAGACAGUGCGACAGAGAGUGCGGAAAGAAGGAAGGGAGGCAGAGUGAGAAGUGAUUGAUAGCUUGAGAGAGAAAGGGAGAAAGAACAUUGUGUUAUAGUUUUAUAUCAAAGAAAAGACUUUGUUGUGGGAUAGUCAUAGGAGUCAUUGAGUAUAUAUCCUUAAUGAAUCCAUGUCAUUCUGCGACCAGGGGUUCGGUCUGUAGUCCGUGGUAGACCACAUAAUUAGGUUAAUUGAAUUUCAUGAUAAUAAUGAGGGUAAAUUUGUAUUACGAUGAAUCGACGUGAUUAACCUUAUUUCAAGUCAUUUCAGUUCUUCUUCUUCUUCUUAUUGUUUCAGUAUCAGAACUUAUUUUAGGAUAAAUCUGCAUUUUUCAACACGUUAGCCGAUAUUGGAUUAAGUUUUGCGAAAUUGUCACCAGGUGGCAGCAGAUUGGUAAAGCCAUGUAGACAGACUGUCACGACUGUUAUCAAGAGUACAUAAUAGAGAUUUGCUAAUUGCAUAAUUGCUAUUAUGUAACUAUUAUCUAUAUUAUGUAACUUGCUGAAUACGAUGAUUCAUCGUAAAAUAAGUGCAAUCUCAUUCACAGGUGCAGCUACUGUGUCCCCAGGGAUAGCAACCUAUCUAAUAAAUGCUAUAGUAUCAUGAGUGUAUAAUAUAGACAUAUAAUAUCCUCCAUAUAUACACUCCUGAUACUAUGCUAUGUCAUGCUAUGCUAUGGUAUGCUAUACUGUGGUAUGCUAUACUAUGGUCUACUAUAGUAUGGUAUGCUGUGCUGUAUUAUACUAUGUUUUCUUACGUCCUGGUAUGCUACACUGCACCAUGCUACGAUACACCAUGAUAUGUGAUGGGGCACUAUGCUAUGCUACUCUACACUAUGCCAUGUCAUGUUAUAAUAUCAUGCUAUGUUAUGGUACACGACGCUAU